UAAACCACAAUCUUUAAUUACUGCUUUAUCCGAUGAUGAGCCAGAAAAUUUCUCCGAUGACAAUGAUUCCUUCAAUAACAACGAAGAUGAUGGGGAGUUCUGUGGUUUUUCUGAUAACGAUGAUGAAGGUUAUUAUUAUGAUUUCAAUACCGGUAAAACUUAUACAAAAUCAGAAUAUCAUUAUUCAAUCUGCGCAUAUUAG